AUGGCGUACUGGAGGAGUGGACGCCUCGUGGACUUUCACGACGACGAUUUGGGGAAUGUCAAGAAUUUUGAGAAUUACUAUAUGAGGCCUGAUCACGACAACUUCAACUAUAACUUAACUAGCGGGGGAGACUACUUCAUGUACACAGUGAUCCAGGGCGGGACGUUGGAGAGCCGAAAGGCGACUUCAGGGUGGUUGCUGGACGAGACAGGGAACGUGUCGACCAUCGAUAAGGGUGUGAGCUGUGGGAGCUGCCCAAGGAUACCUGCUGGAGAUGGAGUGAUUGUGAAUGCGCGGGCUAUGCGAAUUAUAUGGGGCAAGACUAUGGGUGCAGCUAUUGGAUUGGGGGAGAUUUGGAGUGGCUGCAAGAUAAUUCUGGUGCCGAUGACAAGAUAUAUGUUCUUCAACUCCACCAAAAGUCGCUUAAUAUUAAUUAUAUAUAAUCCGAUAUACAAGUACUGGAGGAGCGGACGCCUCGUGGAUUAUCACGACGACGAUUUGGGGAAUGUUAAGAAUUUUGAGAAUUUCUAUAUCAGCCCUGAUCCUGACAACUUCAACUAUAACUUAACAAGCCAAGGAGACUACUUCAUGUAUACAGUGAUCCAAGUUGAAGGGCGGACGGUGGACAGCCGGAAGGUUACUUCAGGGUGGCUGCUGGACGAGGCGGGGAACAUAACGACCAUCGAUGACAGGGGUAUCACCCUGGUUAUGGCCAGCGUUUGCUAUGGUUACAACUCUGGUGAUGAUUUAUACGACAAAGGGUGUGAGUUGUGGGAGCAGCCAAAGUGCUUGAAACGGCGUCAGUUGGUUGAUCUGAGGUCGGGAUACUUUACGCAUGCCAACACGACACCAGUGGAACGAACAUCUGACAGCAAUGCAAGCCUUAGUCUGAGUGACUGCAGGGAUGCCUGCUGGAAAUGGAGUGAUUGUGAAUGCGCGGGCUAUGCGAAUUAUAUAGGACGAGACUCAGGGUGCAGCUAUUGGAUUGGUAGAGAUUUGGAGUGGGUGCAGAAUAGUGCAGGUUCCGAUGAGAAGAUAUAUGUUCUUCAAUCUCCACCAAAAGCAAAAGCGAAAUCGUAUAUAGGAAUAAUCCUGGGUGUAGUAAGUGCAGUUGUACUGCUUAUGUUGGCAGUUGUUGUUUUGAUCAUGCGAAAUCGUAAGGUGAAAAGGGAGGAAGAAUUACAUGAACUCCUGACAAUGGAGGGAUACACAGGAAGUUACGAGCUCGAUAACAAUGGUCACCAACUUAAGCUUUUCACUUACUCAUCCGUCAUCUCUGCCACAGACAACUUCUCCUCCAACAACAAACUGGGAGAGGGUGGUUUUGGCCCUGUUUAUAAGGGUAGAACAGGAGAAGGCCAAGACAUAGCAGUGAAGCUUCUUUCGCGAAAGUCGGGACAAGGCUUGCUUGAGUUCAAAAAUGAGCUCAUACUCAUCUCUGAGCUGCAGCAUGUCAACCUUGUCAAGCUUGUAGGAUUUUGCAUUCACAAAGAUGACAAAAUGAUUAUAUAUGACUACAUGCCUAACAAAAGUUUGGAUUGCUUUCUCUUCGGUCCAUCCGGGAGGGAGCAGUUAGAUUGGGAGAAACGGUUCAACAUCAUCGAGGGGACUGCUCAAGGGCUUCUUUAUCUUCAUAAGCACUCCCGCCUCAAAAUCAUCCAUCGAGACAUGAAACCAAACAACAUACUACUUGAUCAAAACAUGACUCCCAAGAUCUCUGAUUUCGGCCUUGCAAGAAUCUUCAAAGAAGCCGCUAGUGAAGUCAACACAAACAGACGCGUUGGGACUUAUGGUUACAUGGCCCCUGAGUAUGCAAUGCAAGGCAUAUUCUCAGUCAAAUCCGACGUGUAUAGCUAUGGAGUUUUAGUACUAGAGAUUGUGAGCGGUAGGAGAAACGGAAGCUUCCAUGAGAUUGAAGGCCCUUUGAGCAUCGUGGAAUACGCAUGGGAGCUGUGGAGAAAAGAUAGUGCACUCGAACUCAUGGAUCCGAUGUUGAGGGAGGAGUCAUGUGUGUUAGAGCAGCUGCAGAAAUGCAUUCACAUUGGGCUUCUGUGUGUUGAAAAUCAUGCAGUGGAUCGACCAACCAUUGAAGAUGUUUUAUCCAUGCUCAAAAAUGAGACAGCAACCCUGCCAAUGCCCAAAAAUCCAUCAUUCAUCACAAGAAAUAGUGUGUUUCAACAAACUGACAAAGCUACACCGCAGCAGUCAUCAGAAAAUCAAGUCACACUUUCUCAGAUGCAAGGAAGAUAGAACCAAGAAUAAUUGUCCAUUUUUUGGUGUAUUUUGUUCUUCAUCCAAAUAUUACAGUAUUAUUCCUUUUGUAAUGUCCAAAUUAAAUUUCAGUUACCAACAUUCUGUACCAUUCAAUAUGGGGCAUUUUUUUAAAAAUUGAAUUCCUAAUCCCUAA